AUGAGCGUCGUUCUUCGUCUGCCUACCGUUUUCUUCUUUGGAUCCCCCCAGAAUGACUGUGCAAAUGCCAACCGCCACACGCUCGUACUACUUCCCCACUCUCGGAUCCUACACCAAUCUCACCUUGCAGAGUACCCCUCCCCCCUUCCUGCGCUCAAGUCUACCUGCGUCCUUGUCAAAAUAUAUGCAGUGUCGCUCCAGUACCGUGACCUGCUUAUCGCAUUGCUCGAUAACCUUGUCCCAAGGUCGCUGACAGAGUCUGCGCCAAUCCUACGAUGGACUUUCUUGGAUGGAGACGUCGAUGAGGACACGUUGGACAGGGCGCUUGGUGGAGGCCGUCAGGGCGUGUUGACUGAAUACAGGGACUUCCCAGCUCAUGCACUGGUCAAAAUUCCGGAACAUUUAUCCUACGAAGAGGCAUCGACAUUGCCUUGUGCUACUUUGACGGCUCUUGGGGCGACCCAGGCCGUUUUUGGUUUACAGUUCGCUAUUGCCUCUGGAGCCACUGCCAUCGCAACGUCGUCCUCUGAUGCUAAGCUGGCUAUCGUCAAGACACUCGGCGCUGCGCACACGGAAGUGCUCAGGCUGACGGACGGAUGGGGUGUCGAUCAUGUUUUGGAGGUUGGAGGAUCUGGGAAAUCGGUAGUGACUGGACACGUUCAUAUGAUCGGAUUCGUUUCGCAAAAAACUACUAUUGCGCUAACGAACAUUAUCGGUUUGUGUAUCCGUAAGGUUGUCACUCUACGGGAAGUUCUGAUCGGCUCUCUCGCACAGUUUGAGUCGAUGAACAGUCUUUUACCCGUCGAUGCAUAUGCUUAUAUGGAGAGCCAGAAACAUGUUGGGAAGGUCCUGAUCCGUGUCUACAUUGUAACUAUUCAAACUAAGAAGAAACUGUGUUAUCUGGAGCAGCCACAAUCAAAAGGAAUCAAGGAAACAUCUGUCCUUCCCCGACGCAGUGGUCGUCAUGUCACUGGAACUGCGUCGUGGGGUUCGCUAGAAUCCUGGCCCCCGAGUGCACGUGACUUCGCCGCGUCUCCCAACUCCUUCACGAUCUCCCUGGUGAUCAUAAUUCAUAUUGACUACGACACGCUCGUAGUACUUUCCCGCUCGUGGAUCCUACAACAAUCUCGUUCUACUUCCAUUCCGGCUUCUGAGCCACUCAUCAAAGUACAUGCUGUAUCUUUGCAACUUCCCGGAUGGCCAGAUUUCUUGGAUACAUCACUCGGAGGAGGGCUGCAUGGCGUGUUGGCCGAAUACAGGGAUUUUCCAGGCUGCGUGAGGGGCUUUCGCACUUGGCCGAUACGCUGUGGUGUUUUCGAUGCCAGACACAAGCCAGUUAACCGCGAUCGUCCUUAG